AUGUCUCCCAAGGCAGAUACGAACUCUCAUACAGCCUUCUUCUAUGGAACCUUGAUGGCCUCGGAGGUAUUUUACACGGUGUGUUUCCUCACGGACCAGCCACCACCGGCCGUAACCGAGGCAUACACUUUCCGCCCCGCGAUCCUGCACGGAUAUUGCCGACGGCGUGUACGUUAUGCCGACUACCCAGGUAUCAUCGAGGAUCCGGAGCAUGUUGUGCGCGGGACUGUAGUGACGGGGCUCACGGAUGCGAAUAUGGCCAAGCUGGACUACUUCGAAGGCAGCGAGUACGAGCGGCGUCGGGUCAAGGUCCGCGUAUUGAGCAAGGUCGGAAACGACAAGGGCGAAGGCAACGAGGAAAGCGAUGAGGAGGUCACCGCCGAGGUCUAUGUAAUCAAGGACGCCGCAUGUCUGGAGAACAGGGAAUGGGACUUUGAAGAGUUUCGCCGAGAGAAGAUGCGCAACUGGACCAGGGAAGGCUAUGUUUUUGAUGGCUGCGACCCAAAUGACCCAGCUACUGUCGUUUCUUGA